AUGACAAAACAUUACCAUGUAUACGGCUUGGGCGCCGCACUUGUGAAUACAGAAAUCAGUGUAACGGAUGCUGAUCUGGCGGCGAUGGCAGUCGAGAAAGGCGUCAUGACACUAGUGGAUGAAGCACGGCAAAGGCAUUUGCUUGACUGUCUUGCCGGUCAUUUGGUACGUUCGAAGCGGACUAGCGGCGGCUCCACAGCCAAUGCUAUUAUCGCUAUUGCUCAGUUCGGUGGCCAAACAUUUUAUUCCUGUAAGCUUGGAGACGAUAGCAACGGCGAAUUUUACUUGCGCGAUCUACAAGCAGCGGGUGUCGACUGUCACAUCGAUCAACGCCGCGAUGAAGGCAUCACGGGUACAUGUUUGGUGAUGAUUACUCCCGAUGCUGAGCGCACUUUAAAUACGUUUCUUGGUGUUAAUUCGGCGCUAUCACAGCACGAUCUUGUACCAGAAGUCAUUGCCGCUGCCAGUUAUGUUUAUUUUGAAGCCUAUUUGGUGGUUUCUCCAACCACUCGCGCUGCUGCCAUUCGCACACGUGAAAUUGCGGAACAAAACGGCGUGAAAACUGCCCUUAGUUUUUCUGAUCCAGGAAUUGUGACCCAGUUUCACGAUGGUUUGUGCGAAAUGCUGGGCAAGCGUAUCGAUUUAUUAUUCUGUAAUCGGCUUGAAGCACUAAGUUGGGCGCAAACAGAAAAUUUAGAUCUCGCUAUUGAUAGUUUGAAAAAGAUCUCUCAUACAUUUGCGGUUACACUCGGUGCAGAAGGCGCAAUAGUUUACGAUGGAACACAACUGCACAACAUUGCGCCCUACAAGGUACAAGCGGUGGAUACCAGCGGCGCGGGCGAUAUGUUUGCAGGCGCGUUUUUAUUUGGCAUUACGCACGGAAAAGAUUUUCCGACAGCGGGAAAACUGGCAAGUCUCGCCGCUGCAGCAGUUGUCUCUACUUACGGAUCGCGCCUGGCUGCGACGCAACAGCAGGAAAUUUUGUCGCAAUGGAACAGCAUCGAAUGA